AUGCUCUUCCGGAAAACUCAUACCUAUAUUUUUCCGGAAGUUAUAAAUACUAUUCUAAUUCUAUUGUUUUCUUCUCUAGCCGUCCAGAACGAACGUCAACCUCGUAAUUCUGCAACCAUCCAACCUCCUACCGAUUUUGAAACUUUGGAUUGUUCAAAUGUGCUUUCUUCAGCCGUUGAUUUUGUACAUUUACCAAGAGAUCAACAACAACAUUUUGCAAGUUCUUCAAAUCCUCCUUUAUUUCUUCAUGACAAAGACCCACUUAACUACCCUCCCCAACCACCUAAUCCUUCAAGUUUAAUAUCUUCAGUAGAGUCAAGUACUGAAGAAAGAUUGGCAUUUAGUGAAACAACUGCUAGAAUAAUGACUUUAUUAAUUAAAUGGGUUAAAGGAAUGCCUUCAUUUAUUAAUAACAUCUGUGCGAAUGACAGGGCAAGUUUUUUGAGAGAAAAAUUAUCCUUAUUGGAGGGUGCAUGGGCGGAGCUUUUCCUCCUUUUCGCUUUUGAAAGCUCAACGCUUUUUGAAGAAACAUCCAAGUUUAUACCUCCUCGUUUACUACAGGCUUUGAAUGCCUUACAAAACAAUUUUAAACGACUAGAAAUGGAUCAGUCAGAAAUUGUAUGGCUUCGAGGGGUUUUACUGUUUCGCCCGGAAUUACCAGGAAUUGAGAAUUCGGCAUUAGUGCAACAAUUUCAAGACCAGUCCAUUUUAGGCCUGCAGCAACAAUCAAUGCGCCGUUCCCCCCAAAUUACCCGUUUUGGACGUAUUCUUUUAUUCUUACCUACUCUAAGAUUGGUAGCAGACCCAAAAUUAAUUGAAGCAGUCUUUAUUAAUUUAGCUUUUGAUAAUAAACCAGUGAAUAAAGUUUUGGAAACUUUAUUGACAGAAAUAUAA